AUGCUGCUGCCCAAUACUGAAAAAGAGAUUCGGGGUUUCCUCGGAAGGAUCCAGUAUAUCAGCCAAUUCAUCGCGCAGCUCACACCAAUUUUUGAUCCCAUAUUCAAGCUUCUAAGGAAGAAUUCGCCAAAGGAAUGGAACGACGACCGUCAAACGGCUUUCAACAAAAUCAAGAACAGUGCUCAUGCCACCUACCUCAGGAUCUCAAAAUGGCAACUACUGCUUUCCGAGUUUGACAUCACCUAUGUCACUCAGAAGGUAAUUAAGGGGCAAGCACUGGCCUACCACUUAGUAGCACACUCUCUACCUGAUUACCAGCCACUGAAGACCUUCUUCCCUGACGAGGACAUCCUUCUGAUUGAGGAAGAAGAAGAAAGAAAGACGAAUAGCGACUGGAAGACCAAGGAUGAAAAGUUGAUCCCUUAUCACGUCUAUCUAGAGAAUCUAUAUGAGGAAUUCGAAGAGAUCACGUUCUCUUACAUGCCCCGAGCCAAGAACCAGUUUGCGGACACUCUAGACAUCAAGGAAUACCACAAGCAUCAGAAGUACCCGGAAGGAGCAACAUCAACCGAUCAUCACAUCAUCCAGCGGCUAGCAGCCCAGUUCACGAUCACCGGGGGCAUCCUCUACAAGCGAUCCAUCAACCCCAAAGCUUCAAACAGGCAUGAGUACAUCUUGGUGACAGUAGAAUACUUCACCAAGUGGAUAGAAGCAGCAUCCUACACCACCAUCACAGCAUCUCACGUGGUCAAGUUUAUGAAGAACAAUAUCAUCAGCCGAUAUGGGAUCCCUCAGGCCAUUAUUACAGACAACGGAACCCCGUUCGUCAAUAAAAGGAUGAGCGACUUCCUUGACAAAUUCAAGAUUCAAUGUCAUCAGACAAGUCCCUACCGUCCUCAGAUGAAUGGUGGGGUUGAAGCUGCAAACAAAACUAUCAUCCGCAUACUGAAGAAAAUGGUCAAGAAAUAUCACGACUGGUUGGAGAUGCUCCCAUAUGCACUCUGGCUUAUCGAACGUCUGUACGAUCUGCUAUAG